AUCAAUACACAUUAAAUAUAGAACGUGUGUACACAAACAUGUGAGUAAACAUCAAUGGAUUUCUAUUUGACAAGUAGGAUGUUAAAUAACUUUAACAUAAUCAAAUGAUAAAUUUUGAUUCAAUAAGAUGCAGUUAUAACAUAUGAAUAAGACGUGAUCAACUGCCCUCAACAUUGUUCUCAUAACUUCAGCACAGCAUAUCCUUUAAGUUCAACAAUAACAGGUUCAACGAAAAUUAGGCAUUCAGCAAUUUGUCUCUCAACAGAAUAACGAUUCAUCAUGCCGCCUAAAAGAAGGCAAAUGUUAACGUUCAAACGGGUAAUGGAACAAAGACAUAGUAGUUGUGAAGAGACUUACACUGACAAAGAAUGGCGGUCUGGGAAAAUUUUGUCUGGUUGUGCACUCUAUAUGCUGGAAAACGGAUUAAUGUGUGAUGUCUCUUUCAAAGUUGGUCCUGAGCAGAAAGUUAUAGUAGCACAUAAAUUUAUACUUGCCACUCGAAGUCCUGUUUUCUAUACAAUGUUUGAAGGUUCUGUUCCAGAAACCGAUAAUAUAGUGAUUUCUGAUGUGGAUGAUGAUACUUUUAACUUAUUUUUGCGAUGGAUUUAUACCGAUAAGAUAGAAGUAUCAUCAGAAAAUGUGAGAGAGAUGCUUUAUAUAUCGGAAAAGUAUAUGUUUUAUAGUGGUAAAGAUGCUUGCGAAAAAUUCCUCAAAAAAUCAGUGACAACCAGUGAUGCAAUUGUUGCUCUUCAAACAUCUAUAGAAUUUCAUUUAUUGGAUCUGCAACGUGCAAGCCUGAAAUAUAUUCAUCAGCAUCCAAGUAAAUGCUUAGAAAAUGAAAUAAGCAUUGACAUAGAAAGUGAAUGCAUGAAAUUGAUUUUAGAAUCUGAAGAUUUCAACUGGACUGAAACCCAAAUUUGCAAAUUUGCAAUGAAAUGGGCAAGUCAAAAAUGUCAAUCAGCACAUACAGAUCCAUCAGGAGAAAAUACAAGAGAGCUUUUAGGAAGUUUAUUGUAUUUAAUUCGAUUUCCGCUAGUUGAUAAACAAUAUUUCACAAAUGAAAUUACGAGUGUUGGUCUUUUGAAUGAUGCGGAGAUUAUAAGUGUUUAUCAAUCUUUUUUCGGGAAAGAAAACAAAUUUUUUUCAACAAAGGAAAGAAUGAAAAUAAAAGAUGUCGAAACUCAAUGCGUAGCUACAGAACUUAGGGAGUCAAAUAAUGUUUCUCCAGUUGGUAAUCGUAGAUACAGAUCAGGAUCACCUUAUCCACGACGAUUUUAACAGCAUGUUUAAAACUGUACUAAUUUUACUGGUUGCAACUAUUGUGUGUAAUAACUUGUAACACUUACAGAAAAUGAUAAACACAACGCUUCAAUUCGCAUAAGAACGAUGACAUUUGAAGACGUUUCUAUGAAAGAGCUUUUUAUUUUAGUGAUUCUUUCCUUCUUGUAAGCACAUACAUAUAGUAUUGAAUUAAAUUACAAAAGCUUCACAACAUUAAAGGUAAAAUAAUAAAACUUG